AUGAAGGACGUAUCAAUGUCCUUGGAUGUCGACUACCUUCAAUCUUUUGAUGUCUCACCGAGCAGCUUUCCGUGGCGCGAAGAACGCGUACAAGAGAUCAACUUGCGCCGCGCACACAUGAACGACUGCCUCAUCUUCGACAUUCUCCUCAGCAGCAGCGGAAUAUAUCCCCCGGACGCGUUUUACCCACCUGCCACUCCAGAAGCACUGCAAACGCUACUGAACGCGAUCGCCAACUGCUCCUUCGACGCCCUCAAGCGUGACUGCCUCGUGUACUGCUUGUUGAAGUGGUACCAGGACGGGAGGGAGGAGGACUUUAAGAUUAAACGCUGCAUACCACCGCAGUUCUCCAGCUUGGCAGACGCGUAUUGGCAUCUGGAUUCGGGCAUUACCAUGGCGAGAGCCGUGUCGAUACUGAGUGAUGCUCGUAUCAACCGUGAUUACACUUCAAAAGUGUUCGAGGCUCUUUCUCUAUCUCAAGACCCCCACAACCUCAUUCGGUCAUACGUCCGUACCGCAAAACCCGUUCUAGACCUCCCCAGCGACAUGGACGCGUAUACCAUCGCCUUGGCCGAAUCGAGUCUCAUGGAGGCUUGGACAUACCAACGGACGUUCCCAGAGAUAGACGAGAACCGGGAACGCCUCAUCAACAAAAUCCUGGACUGGUGUUUGACCCCCAAGCCCCGCCUCACAUCCCUCACCCACUUGCUUGCAUUCCCCUUCUCCCCUUACGAGCAAACACGUGUGCACGCGUACGCUCUCGACCCUCCAGAGCACAUACCUGCGGCCUCAAUACCUGUCAUCCAAGACCUUGUAUGCGUGCGCCUCGUCCAGAGUGGCCAGCAUGCGGAAGCAAUCAAACUCGACCGACAAUUCCCCUCGGCCACUCGCGGAGGCGACAAGGCGCAGAAGGCUGCCCACGACCGGCGACAAAUGCUCGAAGAGCUCAAGGCUGCAAUGCCGACCGCGGAGCGUUUGCUCUUGGACUUGGAGCUCGAGGAGUUCUCCCAGGGCCGCGGGUUGGACGCGUCGGUGGCGAAGGGGAAGGGCAUGGCUAUUGGCAUGAGCAUGUCCUGGCAAGAGGUUCGUCCCCCAAGCUCUAGCGCGAUUGUCAAGUACAGCGGCGUCCAAGCCAUCUCCCACCGCUCUGGAGCUCCGAGGUUCGGCGGCCCCGCUCCUGCCACCGCGUCAACCACAGUCCCCGCCGAAGAAGAGAUGUUCCCCUCGAUAUCGCACGGACCCUCCAUCAGCGCGGCACCCCAAAUGCCCAAACCGCCAUCCCAAGCUGGUAUCCUGUUCGGCGGCAUCUCCGCGCAACCUUCGCAGCCUUCGACCUCCUCCACCAGUUGGAUACCCAAAAGCACGAGUGGCACCGGGAACGGUCAGAGCCUGUUUGGGAGCUCCGGCACGGGCGCGUUCGGUGGCGCACGUCCAUCCCUGUUCGACACCGCAGGCAGCGCGAAUGCGGCGCCCAACGCGUUCUACACCCCACCCGCUUCCCUCUCUGCGAAACGCACCCCAAUCUUCGGCUCUAUGGCCGCGAAGCCCGCGUCGGUGUCCGCCUUCGCGGACCUCAACACGCUCUCCGCGUCGACGUCCUCCGCGAAGGGCGCCAGGAAAGGUCGCAAAUCCGCGGGGGGUGCGGGUGACGUCUCCGGGGCCGGCGCGGAGCUCGACAUCAGCAUGCUCUCCGAGCUCUCCGAGAGCGACGGCGACGGCGACAACGGGGACUCCUCCUUCGCAGUCGAGCGUGGGCUCGUGGGCGACGGGUCGAUGGACAUGGACACGUCCGCCGAGUUCUCCGUCUCUGUCUUCGGCCGCCCGGCGGAGGGCGAGGGACAGCGCCGGAUCGCGACCGGGCGCGGGUCGCGCAUCGCGCGCACGGAGACGGAGGCGCGGCUGCCCCCGGGGGCGUUCCUCCCUGACGAAGAGCCCGCGAGAGCACCGCCCGCUCCGGAGAAGGAGUCGGCGUCGGCUGCGAAAAGCGCGAAGAAGGCGAGGGCGAAGGCGGACGCGGACGCGGCGAGCGCGGCGGCGCUGCCCGAGACGCAGCCUGAACCCGAGCCCGAAGCGGAGCCCGAGCCGCGCCGCACGUCCGCACGCACUCGGGCUCGCACGUCAGGACGCGCUGCGCUUAAACGGAGCGUGCCUGGAGGGUUCAUGGACACCGACGAAGAGGAGGAGGAAGAGGAGGAGGACGCUGUCCCGCCGCUCCCUGUCACCCCUGCACGACCCGUACGCAAGACGCGGUCGAAGGGCGGCGCGCCUGCCGCACCUGCUGCGAGCGCGACCCCCGCGCGGCGAUCGUCGCGGCUGUCGGCGGUGGGCAGCGUCGGAUCGAGCUCACCCGAGCCGCUGUCGCCCGUGAAGCUGGCUGCGGGGAGGACCAGGAAGACGCGGGCGUCGACGGGCGCCGCGAGUGCGAGUGCGAGCACAGCGGCACCCAGGGCGGCGGGCACGAAGACGCGGAAGAGGAAGUCGUAG